AUGGCAGCUCUGCUGCUCCUUCUGCACUGUCUGAGCAGUUCAACGGCAUAUGCAGCCUCUUUUCUGACGUCUGUACAGUUGGUUCGGUCACUGCCUCGUCAAGGCAUUUGUGAACUGGCACCUCUCACUGCACCAGCUGGAGUUCCUUGGCUUUCUUUUCUCCUCUGCAACUGCCCGACAGGUUACUACAGGGCCAACGCAAACCCUUGGCCUCCUAACCUCUGGAUGACCUGCGGAAUCCCCACACUAAAGGGACUCUCCAGCAACACGGGGAUAUAUGCCUGCAGACCGCGACCUAAGAAGGAGAAGGCGCAGAGGAACUACCACAUUGCGAAACAGCAAAAGCAGAUCCGAGAGGAACGGCUGAUCCGCCGCCGCCAGCAGGUGGAGAUCUUCAAGGCUCGCCAACGCCUCUUAUUGGCUUCUGAGCGAAGCGACGAGUCCAAGAGCAACGAAGGCAAAUCGCAAAAAUGGAGCAAAAACGCAGGAUUGUUCAGUCUAGAUGGGCCCCUCUUUGCACCAGAGCAAGCAACGACAAACAGCAAUGCCUCCGCAGGCCUUCAGUCCCCUCUCGCCGCUCGCAUUAACUACAGGCUUGUGGGGGGUACCUGGAGAAGAGCGCGUGGGCAGGGGAAGUACGUACGGCUCUCGGGUGCCCAGCUCGCAGCUGCCGUUUUUGAGGGACUCCCUAAGGAAGAAGUUGCCGCAGCAGUGGCAAAGGCAAAGCGCCAAGAUGAGGGCUUUAUGGACUUGGAGGCAUAUGACGAAUCUGGCACACAGCACACUACCCUCGAGGGUCUCAACUGA